AUUGUGUCCUGGCCAGUUGUUAAGGCCUGCAGCUGUACAAGACCUCCUGAUUCUCCCGCAAAUCUGAUAAUCUGGCACCACCUAGGUCCAAAAGGUGCCGGAUUAUCGGAAGUCUACUGUAUUUUGGUCAUUUAUUUCAAAAUACCUGUUAGCAAGUAUGUCUGUAACAAUCCAGAUAAAAAAGAUUUAGAAAGUUUUUUUUGACAAAUGGCUUCCUUAGUAGGCAUAGUAAUACAGAACUUUGCGUAAUAAUUCUUUUAAGGCUUGGGGGAGCAUUUAGGGUUCUUUGACCUUUUUUAUUCUUCUUUCCCUGCUUGCCUUGCACAAUCCAGCAUUCUACCUCUGGAGAAAGGUGAGGUGAAGCAUAGAUGCCUCUCCAUCCCUGUGGGCAUCGAUAGUUAACUGCAUAUUGUGACUAUCAGGUGACUAUCAGGGCUAGUAACCAAGCGUUUUCUUCAGUAAAGGUUUUGGGUCUCCUUCAGUGAGAAAUUACAUCUCGCCUCCACCACUCUGUUCACACAACCUCUUUAAACACAGAUGCUAUGACUUAUUUCCGUAUUACCCAAUUCAAAACAAUAUCACUACACAGGAUGUUUGGGGUGAAUUGUCUUGAAUGCAAUUCAGAGUAACCUCAUUUAGCCAGCACACCAGGGUUCCCCGUAAGGUGCGUGCUGGCGCAGCAGCACACCAAACAUUCUAAGCCUGCCCACCUCCUCCCCAGAGCCACACAGCAGCCCGUGCCUUCCUACUGGAGAGUGGUGUGGCUGCUUCGGUGGAUGGGGCUGGGAGCCAUGUGGCGGACGGCUGCUCCGGCGGAUGUGGUCAUGUGGUAGGCAGCUGCUUGGGCAGGCCAGGACCAUGUGAGGAGUGGCUGCUCUGCUCUGGUGGGCUUGGGUUGGGGCCAUAUGGGGCGCAGCUGCUUUGCUCCGGUGGGCUGGGACCGGGGUUGUGUGUUUUUAGGCGGCUGCACAAUAUGAACAAAGAAAUGAGUGCUUCGUAUGAAAACAUAGCAUUGGCACAGAUGCCAAGCGCUUCUAGAAAUCAGGCCAUCAGUGUCUAAUGCCAACCCAUAAGAACUUGAAUGAGACCUUUAGGUGACAUGAGUCCUAGAAAAUGUAUAGCAUAGAUUGUCCCUAGACAAUGUAUAGCAAAAAUUGUAUAGCAAAUGUCUAGCAAAAAUUGUCCCGUUGUUUAUUACUAGAAAAGAAAUGUAAACUGAAUUCUUUUGGUUCCUUUUUUCCAAACCUCACCUUGAUUUUUUUUCCUGAACUGAAAACUAAAAUUACUUUAAGUGGUAGAGGAAUCAUAAAUCUAUCAUCUGUUGGCACUCUGAUGUUGAAAACAACAUAUGUUCUUGCCCAUACAAUGAAACAGAAAAUGAUUAUGACAAAACUUGUAGGUUUCUCCAAUGUUUCUCCAUCAGGGAUAUGUAUAUCUUUCGGGGGGUAAGCAGAGAUCUUCCAAGGGAAAGAUCAACUCAUCGAGAUACAGGAAACCCCCACCUUACGACGGCCUGAGUUGCGACCCCUGCACUUACGACCAUUUUUGUAAGUGCAGAAGGGGCCAAAACCCCCCAAACUUACAUCCUUGGCUCGCAUUUACCACGGCACCUAUUGUAAAUGCGGGUUCAAGUUACGACACCCCCUCCCUUCCGACUUGCAACGCUUCUCCAGGAACUGAUUGCUUCGCAAGUCGGGGGCCGCCUGUAUUUGCCAGGUUUUACAGUAGUCUACAUGAGAAGCAUAAGUGAGAUAUUAAGAGCAGUUGCUUUCUACUCUCCUCGGACGAUAGAACAACGGCUUUACAAGCUAGAUGUAGGCUGGCCUAAACAUCCAGAAUAUUUCACUGGGCAAACAUUUUGUGUUGCUGUUGAUCCUCUCCGUGGUCUGGUCUAUGUUGCACAAAGAGGGGAUAAUGUACCAAAGGUAUUAGUGUUUUCAGAUGAAGGAUACUUCUUGUAUGCAUGGAACUCCACACUUGAAAUGCCACAUGGUAUCUUUGCAAUCAACAGUCCUACAGAGAGCUCAGUAUGGAUCACAGAUGUUGGAACUGGGCAGUAUGGGCACACAGUUAAACAGUACAGUUCUUCAGGUAAACUUAUUCAAGUCCUGGGUACUCCAGGAAAAGCUGGCUCGGGUUUGAAUCCACUGCAGUUUGAUCAGCCAGCAGAAAUAUUUGUGGAGCAAACGGGAGAGAUCUACAUUGUGGAUGGAGAUGGAGGAAUGAACAACAGAUUAUUCAAAUUGUCCCAAGAUUUCAAUGAGAUAUGGCUGCGUGGGGAAAAUGGUACAGGUGUUGGUCAGUUCAACAUUCCUCACAGUGUCACAGUGGAUUCUUUUGGACGGGUGUGGGUUGCUGACCGAGGAAAUAAAAGAAUACAGGUUUUUGAUAAAGUCACAGGAGAAUGGCUGGGAUCCCUGAAAAGUUGUUUUGAAGAAGAUGGUCCCUCUUCUGUCAGAUUAACUGCCAGUGAGGAAUAUCUGAUUGUAGUUCAGCUGAAUAUUAACAGAGUGUCUAUUUUGGCGGCACCACCAAUAGGCUCCAUUAGAGAUUGCAAUGUGGUAAACACAAUCCAGCUUGCUGAUGAGGUCAAGCCACAUCUAGUGGAUAUAAAUGUGAAGACUGGAGCAAUUUAUGUUGCAGAAAUUGGUGCACAACAAGUACAAAAAUAUGUACCCUCAACCUAAUGGUUCUCUUUGGUCAUUCAGCACAAGCUAUUUUUUCUGGAUUACAAGACUUGUGUUUCCUUACAUUCACUGGAGACUGUGCUUCCACUCAGAAGUGCAGCAUGUUGCACCACUAGAAUGCAUAAAAUAACUCUGUUUUGUGACCUGCCCUCACUCUUAUUUUCUGUGUCAAACUCAGGGAGCUGUUGGUCUGUCAAUUUGUCUCUGCUUGCAUUUUUAUGUGUUUUGUUUCAUAUUUGUUAGUUUGGGGGAUUUGGAGAAUGAGAUUUUUACCAUGUUUUAUCCUGCAGUGUAGUUUUUCCUCUUCUCCCUUGAUAAAUCAUAAGACAUUGAGUAUGUAAUUAUUCUGUUAGUCUAGACAUUAUUUCCAUUGUUAGUCACUCUGCUCCACAGUCCGAGGAGCAUCUUGUGACUUCUUUGCCUAGCCAGUGCACUCUGUUAUAUCCGAAGGUCCUAGCUGGCAAAGAGAAAUAUCUACAUAUUUAAUUUUCUUGAAGCUCUGGAUUCUAGCUUAACAUUGCUUCAGGUUUCCUUGGCUGAAAUCAGAACAAAAAGAUGCAACAUGUCUCCGUGGCUUCAGGCAGACCUCUGAUACAGGUCAGUGCUGAGGCUUUAGCAUCUCUGGCAUCUACCUUAGGUAAUCAUUACUGCUGCUGUUGACAUCAAAGGCAUCAAUUCCUUACUAAUUUAAGCCAACUCUAUAUAAAACACUUUAAACAGGAGUAAGAGUAUCUUCACAAUGAAGUAUAGUAAUAGAGAGGUAGCCGAGUUAGUCUGAACUUGCUAAAACAAAAGGAAAAACUAUGUAGCAUUUUAAAGACUAACA